ACUCCGAAAAGAGGCGCGGGAGAAUCCGCUCGGCGUCGGUGCGGUCCGGCCUCUGCCCGCGGCUCCCCCGUGUUGCUUUUCGGCCGGAAGAUUUCAUUGGGACUUCAGGUGCUGGAAGGAAAUGCUUCUGGAGCACCUCUUCGCUCUUUCUCGUGGCUUCUGCUUCUGAGCCUCUCUCUUCUUUGUCAAGAUCCCAAGGCGUGGAGGAACUUUCAGCGUUUCGCUUCGAUGUGCUCCUGCCAGCAAAUAUGGUUGUCUGUCCUUUGCCUGCAUUUCCUUUCGCUGCUUCUUCUGUCGGACGGAGCUACCAGAGUCUACUACGUGGGGAUCCGCAGUGGGGAGUGGAACUAUGCUCCGCUGGGAAAGAAUGCAAUCACUGGACAAAGCAUUGCAAAUGACUCUGUAGCUUCCAGUUUCCUCCAACCUGCCAAGGACAGGAUAGGUGGGAUUUACAGGAAAUCAAUGUACAAGCAAUACUCUGAUUCUACAUACACAUUAGAGAUAUCCAAGCCUGCCUGGCUGGGAUUCCUUGGGCCCGUCAUACGAGGUGAAGUGGGAGACACCAUUACUGUGCACCUGAAAAAUUUUGCCAGCCACCCAUUCAGCAUUCACCCCCAUGGUGUCUUCUACACAAAGGAUUCAGAAGGGGCCUUGUAUCCUGAUAGGUCCUCUGGAGAUCAUAAGGCAGAUGAUGCUGUCCCACCAGGAGGAAACCAUACUUACACGUGGACGGUUCCUGAGGCCCAUGGCCCAACUGCUGAUGAUCCAGCCUGUUUAACGUGGAUCUAUCAUUCCCAUGUUAACGCACCAAAAGAUAUUGCCAGCGGCUUAGUUGGGCCUUUGCUUAUAUGUAAACAAGGAACUCUGAAAACGCUACCUUCAAGACGCCAUGAUGUGGAUCUUGAUUUCUUCCUGAUGUUUAGUGUGGUGGAUGAGAAUGAAAGUUGGCACCUGGAUGAAAACAUUGCUUCCUUCUGCACUGAGCCAGACUCGGUUGACAAGGAAGAUGAAGAGUUCAGAGAAAGCAACAGAAUGCAUGCCAUUAAUGGUUUCAUCUUUGGGAACCUCCCUGAGGUCACAAUGUGUGCCGGAGAUCGGGUCUCGUGGCAUCUCUUUGGGAUGGGCAAUGAGAUUGAUGUCCAUACUGCCUUCUUCCAUGGACAGACACUGAUCAGUCGAGGACACCGGUCCGAUGUGGCCUCCCUUUUCCCAGCAACCUUCGUGGCAGCUGAAAUGGUCCCUCACAAUGUUGGGAAAUGGCUGUUGACCUGUGAGGUUUCUGACCACUUGCAAGCGGGAAUGGAGGCUCUUUAUGAAGUAAAGCGUUGCUCCUAUCAGGAUUCAGGACCUGCCCUAAAAGGGAAACUCCGUCAAUACUACAUAGCAGCCAAAGAAGUGCGUUGGAAUUAUGGGCCUUCUGGAUUAGACCCAAGUACAGGGAAAAGCCUGCAUGAGCCAAACAGUUUCUCACAGCUGUUCUUUAAGCAAAAUGCCAGUCAACUUGGAGGGACAUACUGGAAAGCCAAAUACGUUGAAUAUACGGACGGGACUUUUCGUGUGGAGAAAGAGCAGACGGAGGAAGGAAAGCACCUUGGGAUACUUGGUCCAGUGAUCAAAGCCGAAGUAGGUGACACCAUUCAGGUGACCUUUGCCAACAAAGCCUCGUGGCCUUUCAGCAUCCAGCCCCACGGUGGGUUUUACAGGAAGCCGCGGGAAGAAGCCCCAUACCAGGAUGACCUACUCAAAAACGGAGCAUCCAUCAAGCCAUUUGGCAACUUCACUUAUCUCUGGGUGCUACCGCCGCAUGUUGGCCCCACAGCUUCUGACCCCCCCUGCCUGACCCGGAUGUAUUCUUCUGCAGUGGAUCCCACAAGAGACAUCAACUCUGGCUUAGUGGGGCCCUUACUCAUCUGUAGGCCCGGCACGCUCAAUGAGAGAAACAAGCAGAAAGGCAUUGAUAAAGAGUUUUACCUUUUGUUUGGUGUGUUUAAUGAAAACCUAAGCUGGUAUCUGAACACAAAUCGGAAGUAUCUGAAAUACACAUUGGGGAAAGAAGAACUGUUUGAGGAUCACAUCUUCAAAGAGUCCAAUAGAAUGCAUGCCAUCAACGGAUUCCUCUUUGGAAAUUUGCCUCUCCUGGAUACGUGCAAGGGAGAUACCAUUUCCUGGCACCUGCUGGGUUUUGGCAGUGAAACCGACGUUCAUGGGGUUGUUUUCCAAGGAAACACCAUCUUGAUGAACGGGAUGAGGCGAGAUACAGCCAGUCUCUUCCCUCACACCUUUGCCACAGCCCUCAUGCAGCCCGAUAACCAAGGCACUUUCGGUGUGUACUGUCAGACCAGCAACCACUAUCAGAACGGGAUGAGAGGCCGUUACUCUGUUCGGCAGUGUGGAGAAGAGGCCUAUUUUCCAGGCCGACAGUAUGGGACAGUGAGGACCUUUUACAUCAUGGCAGAGGAGAUGGAGUGGGACUAUGCCCCAGACCGCAGCUGGGAGUCGGAAAGGCACAACAGCUCCGGAGAGGAAAGGAAUUUUGAAAUUCACAGGUAUGGUGACAUAUUUCUCAACCAUGAGAAUGGACGACUGGGCUCCCGGUACAAGAAAGCUGUUUAUAGGGAAUACACAGACGGGACAUUCCAGACGCCAAAGAACAGAACGGAUGCUGAGCAACAUCUGGGGAUAUUAGGUCCCUUUAUUUGGGCAGAAGUGGGAGAUGUGUUGAACAUAGUUUUUAGGAACAAUGCCACGCAGCCUUACUCCAUUCACGCCCAUGGAGUCCUGGAAAAGAACCACAGGGACUCCAAGACAGCAAUGCCUGGAGAAAUUGUAACCUAUCAAUGGGAUGUUCCUGAAAGAUCUGGUCCAGGACCAAACGAUUCAGCCUGUUUGAGUUGGAUCUACUAUUCCACAGUGGAUCGUGUCAAGGAUUUGUACAGUGGGCUCGUUGGCCCCUUGAAAGUUUGUCGUAAAGGGACCCUGGAUUCUAACGGGAGAAGGAAAGGUGUGAGCAAGGAAUUCGCCCUCCUCUUUUUGGUUUUUGAUGAAAAUCAGUCUUGGUACCUUGAGGAGAAUGUGAAGAUUUAUGUCCAAGGGGAUUGGAACCGUUCCCACCAGCAGGACGAAGAAUUUAUGGAAAGCAACAAAAUGCAUGCAAUCAAUGGUAAAGUAUAUGCAAACUUGCCUGGCCUGGAGAUGUGUGAAGGAGACUGGGUGAACUGGUAUUUGCUGGGAAUGGGCCAGGAGAUUGACGUACACACUGUUCACUUCCAUGCAGAGACAUUCAUCUACCGGAAUGGCAAGAGUUACCGGGCUGAUGUGGUGGAUCUCUUCCCUGGGACCUUUGAGAUGGUGGAGAUGCAGGUUGGCAAUCCUGGCACCUGGCUUCUUCACUGCCACGUGGCUGACCAUAUCCAUGCUGGCAUGGAGACGCUUUUCACAAUCCUACCCCGCCAAGAUUCAGAACAUUGCGGUUACAAUGUGUUCAAAAUUACAGCAGAAACUUCUGAAGAGGUAGCUGGGGAUCCUUCUGUAGAAGACCCUGCGGAAGCUUCUGAAGAAAAUAUCUCCCAUGACAUAACUUUGUUUGGCUCAAGGCUAGACCACGAACACGUAGAAGCGGCAAUUAUUACCCUUGCGGUGGCUGGGGUGGUGCUCUUCAUCACCGCCAGCGCUCUUCUUGGAGUGAUCGUUCACCUCAAGAGACAGAAGAGGCUGAGACGCAACAAGCGGUCUAUAUUGGAUGAAAGCUUCAAACUGAUGCGAAGUCAAAAGCAUGACCUUUAGAGAAGAAUGGAAGAGAUCCUGGAAGCUUUUAAGCCAGGAAGUAGUAGUGAAAAUGGCCCAGAAUAGGAUUUAGCAAUCAUUUUCUGAAAAUUCAAUAACAAAUUUUACUAGUAAGUCCUUCUGCCUGUUAUAUCCACUCUACAUUUUAAGGUUUCAGGUAUCCCAAGAACUCGGAUGGAUUCCCAGAUCCUUCGUUGAAUGACAGGACAGAACCUUAAGUAAAGCCCUCCAGAGUUAUGGGCGGACAAUACAUUUGA